AUGGCCUUCAUCUAUAUGAGACGUGUAGCAAUCAAGCAGCCAACGUUUGGACCCAACCACAUUGAAGGUUUUGUGUUGUCUGAAUCAGGCCAGUGGGCGGGUGAGAUGCCCUUUAAGUUAGCGUUCAACCAUGGAGGAGCAAUUGAAUUUGGAAAGAGCCUUCUUGAGCUCGGUACUCGAGCUUCCAAACUACAGAACUCAUACGAGACUCCCGUUGCCCCACCACUCUGCGAAAUUUACGCCUGUCCUCCUCCGGCCUACACGCCUUUCGUGAACGACCCCUACUACAACUCAUUUAUGCAGACGAACUCUCCACCGCCCUAUCCCGGCGCUGUUCCUCCGCCUUACACACCGAAUCCGGGUCCACCGCCACCAUACACAGCGACUGCGGCGAGUCCGAUGCCGCCUUACCCAGUCGGCGGCCCGCCACCUGUUAACACCGGGUAUUACUAUCCAUCUGAUCCCAAUACCUUCUACGCUCCACCCUACAGUCAGGCGUCCGCACCUCCCAUGGAACCGGAAGAUAAGAAGAAUCUUUGA